AGGACACUCUCCAAAGCAAAGCCCCAUCCGAGAGCAAAAAAAAAACUUGUUCCGCGCGUUAGGCAUGAGAGACACAGUGCGCACAGAGGGUGAGAGAGUGGCUCGAAAAUCCGCGUGUGAGUGAAAACAACCGGGUUGCAGUCUGACAACGACUGAUUAACGAGUGUGAAGUAUAUGCAUUUGUCGUUCUCUUUCAUUUCCAUCACUGCUAUCACCGCGAGCAGGACGGGACGGGGGUCUGUUUAUUCGCAACUCUAUGAGCGAGCGCUGAGAGCGCGUAAGAGUUUGAGGGAAAAAAACACAAGUGAGAACCUUAUAUUAGGAUCUUCACCAUGGCGUACCCUCAGGGCUACUUGUAUCAGCCAUCCGCCUCUUUGGCACUCUAUUCGUGUCCUGCCUACAGUACAAGCGUGAUAUCGGGACCUCGGACUGAGGAACUAGGGAGAUCUUCCUCUGGCUCUGCUUUCGCUCCCUAUGCCGGAUCUACAGCGUUCACCAGCGCCUCGCCAGGCUACAGUUCCCAUCUCCCGUACGGUGCUGAUGCCGCUGCCACUUUUACUUCUUAUGUGAGCUCGCCGUAUGACCACGCGACAGGCAUGGCCGGAUCUAUUGGGUAUCAUCCUUACGCUGCUCCCUUGGGCUCAUACCCGUAUGGAGACCCAGCUUACCGCAAGAAUGCUACCCGAGACGCCACAGCCACUUUGAAAGCCUGGUUAAGCGAGCACAGGAAAAACCCAUACCCCACCAAAGGCGAGAAGAUAAUGCUGGCCAUCAUCACAAAAAUGACCCUCACGCAAGUGUCCACCUGGUUCGCCAACGCCAGGAGGAGGCUAAAGAAGGAGAACAAGAUGACCUGGACCCCACGGAACAGGAGCGAGGACGAGGAGGAGGACGAAAACAUUGAUCUAGAGAAAAACGACGACGACGAGCCAAACAAGCCUACAGACAAGGGAGAAUCCACAGACACAGAGGCAGAUCAUAAACUCAUCAACCCAGGGGAGAUACCGUGCGACAGGUUUAAAGACGAGGCUAAAGAUCUUGAUCCACUUUUGUCAGACACGGAAUUAAAAAACACAGAGGAGCGGACGGAUUUGCUCGCCGAACAGGCAAAACCCACCACAUCCUCUCCCUCCGUCCUACAGAGAGGGAAUGAUCUCCUUACGCAAGAGAAGCCAUCAGAACCGGGCCAUGCCACGAGCACGGGGAACAGCAACGUAACAUCUGUUAUUCAUUCUUCCUCUUCAGCGCCCAAACCCAAACUCUGGUCUUUGGCCGAGAUCGCCACGUCUUCGGACAGGUGCAAGGGGGCCAGUGAGGCUCCACAGGCCGCGAGGCUGGGUCAAAACACAGUCAUAGCCAGACCUGCUUCACCGACCCGGUCCUCCCCUCAAUGCCCUCUCCCUAAUAACACUGUCCUCUCUCGGCCUAUUUACUACACAUCGCCUUUUUACCCGGGCUACACGAACUAUAGCACUUUCGGACAUCUCCACAGCAGCCACGGCACCAACACCAGCUCCACGGCACAUUUCAAUGGAUUAAGCCAGACUGUUUUAAACAGAGCCGAGGCUCUGGUCAGAGAGAGCAAAGUAAGAAGCCAAACGCAGGUAGAUCUUUGCAAAGACUCACCUUACGAUCUAAAGAAAGGUAUGUCAAACAUUUAAUACCGGAUUCGGCGCCAAUCACAUGGACAUUUAUUUAUUAUUUGUGGUUGCUUAAAAGAAGAAGCAAAAGAAGACGCAAAUGAUCAUUCUGAUUGCAGUACCCGAGGACAAUUAUUUUCUGAGUAAAUGCAUAUCCUCAAAUCUUAGUUUCUGAAUGGUUAAUCAAGAGGAUGUAACUUCUAAGAAUUGUCCUAAACGCUGCAGCCGCCUAAGUCUAUUUGUAUUAAAAAGACUAAUAUGUAUAUUUAAUGUAGCAUUUUGUAUUUAAAAUGGACAAUACACUAUCUUUGAAGUAAAUUAUGGAAAAGAAAAUGUGUGCAGCGGUUGAUUUGGGAAUUUGCAUGGCUGUGAAUGAGAAAUGUAAUAGCUGCACAAACAUAAAAACAAAAAACAAAACAUGUUUACAUUAUUAUUUAGGUUACUUGAGGAUAGAUCAGGUCCGAAUAGGACAUCAGGACCGAAAAUGGGUUGUUAAAUCGCGGUCUGCUUGGACAUUGUAGGUCGAUAGCGUUUUCAAAUGUAUUUUUAACUUUUAAAACAAGCAGGGGCAAACACUGAAACUCAGGCGGUUAGGGAAAGGCCAUAUGGAGACGAGGUUUGAUUUGCAAAUGUUCCGUGGUUGGUUCGAUGCUACUAACGUUUUACACAACUUUCUCCAGAAACACAAUACGCAUCUGUCAUUGCAAACAGAGAGAUGGUUGGACGGGUAAAUAUUGAUAUGACAACACCGGCAAAAGUGUCGAGCAGUCAUUUAACCCAAUUACAUUCCAACCGCGUCGUGUUAUAUGCAAAGCAAUCAGGUGGUGAACUCCAGUAAUGAGUUCGAUUUUAUGCUAAAUUUAGACCUCAUUACUAUUUCCUAGGCGUGGCAAAGUGGUUAGAGGCGCGCGGCGAUGCGGAGUGGGCCUUGGAGCAUACUGCUCUGUUAUAUCAUUAAAUGGCAGGAUAGGCUUAAUAGCGCUUUGAAUUAUAGACAAUGAUGGUUUUCAAAAGUGUAGCCAAGGUGCCGUGACAAGCAAAUGUCCCCUGGCGUGGCCUGU